AGCAGCCCACAAAAAGAUGGACUUCAUCUCACCCUACUCUCCACUCCUUAACCCUUUGAGGAAUUUUUCACAGCAAGGAGAUGUAGUUUAUGAUCGCCAAUGGCAGUUCUAUUACAGUUUUUCAAAACACUGUGAAUUUCUUGCAAAAACCUGUAACUUGCUCAAAAUCUUUAGUUCAUCUCUCAAAUCUAAGUUUUUAUGUCACUGAACAUGUCAGUGCCAUCAGAACGUCAUGUCUUUGUGUCAUUGUCUACGAACAAGACAGUCAAAUUACUUGUUGUCACUAUUACUGUGUAUUUUGGAGGGAGGGUUUGACAUAAACUAGGGCUAAAGUCUGGAUGACAAUCACUGUAAAAUGUAAGUUACACCUUUUUGUUUGAUUGCAAGAGACUGGACAAUGGCAGCCAGGGGUGUCAUUUGUGUAUGUGGCUGGCGAUCAUAAACUACAUCUCCUUGCUGUGAAAAAUUCCUCAAUAGGGUUAAGGAAUGGAGAGUAGUGUGAGAUGAAGUCCAUCCUUUUGUGGGCUGCUAACCAUUGUCUGAUGGUUUUGGAAUGAUGAAAAUUCACAUUGUCCCAAACUAUCACAUACUUUGGCAGGUGAUCUCCACUCUGACCUCUCUCUUCUUCAGGGCUGAGAUCUCUGUAGAGAGUUUCUAGAAAGGUGAUAAGAUGCUCUGUGUUGUAUGGACCAAUUAUGGGAAUAUGAGAAAGCACACCAUUGUCAGACAUAGAACAUUGUGUUGUGCUCUAGCAAUAUAUAUAUACUUGCCAGUUGAUGGUUAUUGAGAUGAACCUUUGGUAGAGAAAGUCAAGUCACCUGAGAGCAAUUUACCAAAUCAGGACAAAUUUAGAAGAAAAAAAACAUAUAAUGGAGAUGUAUAGCAAUAUGUUUGUCACAUUAUGACAACUUGGUCAACCAUUUUGCAGUUAAUGACUUAUACGAUGAACUAAUGACUAGAUGUUUUGAGGAGUAAGACUAUUGCACAGUGAACUAUAUACAGUAAUACAUGAUGACUUGAUCAACAUGUCUUAAACAGUUGAUAAUGUAGCAAAGAGCAGAGAAUUGUACAUAAUUAUUUGAAUGAAUGUACCAAAGCAGUUGAAACUUGUUCAAAGAAGUGAGAAACUGCUUAAACGAUGUGCACAUGUGACAUGAUGAUGUGAUUGAACAAAUAGUUUUGAGAAUUUCAUUCUGAUGUAAGAAUUGUACUAAAGCCACUGAGAAAAAUUAUAUCAGUCCACGUGCGCCACCUGGUGCGCCACAUAUAUAUUUUAACAUAUUAACCAUAUUAUUGAACAGGCUGCCUAUUAAUGGCAGCUGUAGUGUUCACGUUGUCAAUAUCUCGGUUCUAGGUGAAAACUCUCAACAUCAAUAUAGAAGAGAAACCAGCUGUUCUAUGAAACACAAAUAUGUUAUUGUCAGAAAUUAGUUUUUUGUAUGUAACUGCUGAAACAGGCUCCUUCUGAAGCAGCACUAAUGCCACAUCCUGCAGCUACACCGUCUAUCAGGACCCACCAACUUCCUGUAAAGUUAGGUAACCAAACUGUAGAGGAAACGGUCACUGUUACUGCUGAGCAGCAGCGACAAUGGGGCCAAAAUUUCUACAGACUCUGAUCUACUUCACUUUUAUCACAGUUCAUCUGGCUGUGAGUCACACAUCUCAGCUGUUUGAUGGAGAGUCUGUGUCUAUGAGCUGUAAGGAAGACGAUAGCUCUGCUGCAUGGAUAAUGAAGAGGAACACAACCAUAGAAACCAACACAGACUGUAGAGCUGACUGGGGAAAACCAGUUGGUUCUUGUUGUGUUAUCAGUUACUUCGUUCCACUGGACAGUGGAGUUUACUGGUGCGAGUCCAGCUCUGGAUCCAGCAGCAGCAGCAGCAGCAGCAGCAGCAGCAGCAGCAGCAGCAGCAGCAGCAGCAGCAUCAGUGUCUCUGGUGGAUCAUUGAUCCUGCAGAGUCCUGUCCUCCCUGUGAUGGAAGGACAUGAUGUCCUUCUGCACUGUCAAACGUGAGCCCAUCAACGCUUCCACCCACCUCUACAGCUCCAAACUCAUCUGCAACUCUGGCUCCUCCUUCAACCAACCGUCUCCAUGGCGAUUAACUCAACCAACCAGACUGAGCAGAGGUUUAAAGAUGACUAUAAGGAUGUCAUCACAGCUGUCACCACAGAGCAUCACCUUUAAUCGGAUUCUUGUUAAUUGUCGUAUGUUCACAAAAUUGCUUCCUGUUAGAAUGACUUCUAUCUCCACCUGCUGGUCACUAACAAAAAACAAGGACUGGACACAAUCACUUCCAUCCACAAUCAGUUUAGAAAGUCCAAGUGUUUGGACUGUGGAAGGAAACCAGAGUCAAACACAUGUUUAGAGAUCAUCUCACCUCACACAGUUCUAGCAGUCGUUGUUCUCAAGCAGUGAUGAAUCACACAAAACAUAAAAUCCUAUUUAUGACCUUAACAAGAAAUAAUAAACUUCUGAAAUGACAA